GGGGGGGUGCUUCUUUAGAGGACCACCUAGCCGGGAUGAGGACCGCCAAUGCCAUGAAUACAAGUACAAAGGCAAAUGCAAGUGCAGACAUGGAGGUAUUAUUUGACCUUGAACUUUGGAUGGGCGGAGGAUCUCAUUGCUAUUUCGGGCUUCCUGAUGGUGUCUGGUAGACUUGUAGCCGCCUUUACGGAGUCCGUCUAUCUUAGUGAUACGCCGACGCGUGCGCGAGCAUGGGACAUUCCGAUCGUUUGAGCUCCAUUCGACGGCGCCACGCCUUCGAGGAACGAUGCCGGCGGCAGCGAGCGCCAAUGAGCGCUUGGGCGGAACAUUUCGUCUGAACUUUUUGUCAUCUGACAUUGGCAGAGCAUGUCCAAUGUCACCGGCCGUGAUCAGACCGAGACGUCUGAGCAUAUUAAGAGUCAAAGCUCCGGCAGUCGCGCAACCGCAAUCCAUCUGCUGCUGCCGAACUUCACGGAUGUGCUUCUCGCGAAUGCAAAAUAUUUGUCCCCCGCCGCUGGCCGAUGGAGCUCCUCCACCAAUCUUGAAAGGGUCGCCGUAGGACGGCCGGAUGGCUUGGAGCUUGGAGGUAGCUGGCCGGAUGAUCAAAGGCAGUUAGCGCUGCGUUACAGUGUCUUCGGUGCAUGUGGCACUUGGGUCAUGGGAUGGGUGUUCUGGCUGCAUAACGCUUCUGCAGCCAAGGCCGAAGCGGAAGGCUCCUGGAAAGUCGACGAGAGUAUGUCGCUGCCUUUGGUCUAGCAACGGAGGGAGGAUCGAUGCGAAUUCCAAAGACCGUUUCGAGCUCGAACGUGAGGACGGCGAAACAAGACCAGUCGUGGGCCUUGUGCUGAAUAGCAUUGGUUCGCAAGAUGCAUACUGGAACGCU